AUGGCAAGGAAUCUGGAUUUGUCGAAACUCACAGAAGACGAGGCCCAACAUGUCUUGCAUGUUGUUCAACGAGAUCUGAAUCUACGCAAGACAGAAGAAGAUAGACUUGGAGAAUUAAGGUCUAAGGUUGAGGAAGAAACGACUAAGAGGAAGUUUCUUACAAAGCAAGCCAAGUUUAAUGAAGGUCAUUGCAUUCACUGCCUGGAACCCUUUCAGUUCCUGGUGAACAGCAAGCGUCGAUGUCUGGAUUGCAGUCUGUACACCUGCAAAAGCUGUAGCAAAUUCAACAAAAAGGAGUUUGGCUGGGUGUGUGAUUCCUGCCGGAUUGCCAGGAUUGUAAAUACUGGGUCACUCGAUUGGUUUUACAACUGUGUGAGAUCUCGUUUCAAAAGUUUUGGAAGUGCAAAGGUGAUGCAUUCUUUGCACAGAAGAAUGAAUGAAGAUGGUCAUAAAAACAACCGUUACAAGCUUUCACUGCCACUCAGCACAAGAGGGGGGGGGCUUGCAGUAAAGGAUGGAGAAGGAUCUCCUAGAACUGCAAUGAUUAUGGAGGCACAGCUGCACGUGGGUCUCCUGGGGGAUCAUUGGAGAGGAAAUGGUCCAAACCAUAUAAGGAAGAAUUUAUCAAUCCAGUUAUUGAAAGUUUAUGAUGUCUACCUGUUUGAGAAACUGGCCUAUACCAACACACACUAUGAACGAGAUGGAUUUGAUCAUGUGUUAGAAAGUUACUUGCAUGGUGAAUACAAUGCUCAGAUGAUGGCAGAAGUAAUUGAAGAGGAUGAAAAUGCUCUUGAUAAUGAAGAGGCUCAUCGCUAUAGUGUAUCACGCAGAAACAAACGUCUACUUUCGGUGCAUCCUACUGACUUUGAUAUGGACUCAGAAUAUUCUGCCCAAUCCCGCCGUCAAUCUUUCCAGCUUCCUUCCCCAUAUUACGACGGGAAUGGUUUACAGUCAUUUUCAGAGUUCCCUUUCACUGGCAACAGUACAGCAGAAGAGAGUUCCAGGCGAGGGUCUUGCAUUGGAGAUACUGAGCUGACCUCAGUAUUCCGGAAUAUCCUGCAGGAGAAAGGACAGAGGUUAAUGCCAGACUCUGAGUUUAGCACUGAAGUCCGAUUGGAGAUCAACAAAAGAAGGAAAAGCUUGGACAAGUCUUCCAAAUCUGAUGAGGUGGUGUAUCGUGAAUACAGACUUCCCCGCACACGCUCAGUUCCUGGGAUAUGGACCUCCCUUGGAGAAGCAGAGGCUCAGCAUUCAGUGCCUUACCAGAAGCAUGGUGCUCAGUACUACGCUGACAUGGAUAGCUCUGACAAUGACGGGGCUACUGAGCUUCCAGUGUAUCAGCGCCACUUUGUACGACGCAGGAGUCGAAGUUCCUCACAGGAACGUUUAGGUUCUGGAGGAAGUCAGAUUUCCGAUUUGUCCAGACGCAUGUCUUCCAUUGAGCGCAUGCUAAGCAGACUGGAAGAGAAGAUGACUCCUAGCUCUGUAGAGGUAAUCAAUCACAGUUAUGCGGACAUAGAGGAGGAAAAGCUAAAGAAGAAAUUGGGUGAGUUGGCCAGCAAUAUCAGUGACAAAGGCGCUUCAUCUGAUGAGGAAGAGGUAAAAAGGAAAACUGAAAGACCACAAGAAAUGACUUCAUCUGGUGAAGACCUACAAAGUGAGGCUCUAAAGCGCUCAUCAGCAGUGGCCCUUUGUGACAUCACAGCGAAAGCAUUAAGGAUCAUUAACGCAACUGAAAAAGCAUUACAUGACUUUGCAGAAUCCAGUGAAAAAGACCAAAGUGUGAGCGAGGCUGAUGAAGCAUACAGAAAACUUGAGGAAAAUGUGUAUUUGACAGCCAGCACCAAUUACAGCUUGGAAAGGCAGCUGAAGGACCUGGAGGAGCGAGCACGAAGCAGACAGAGUUACACCACCACUACAACAGACUCUGAGCUCUCAGAAUUGGAAGAUAAGGUGGCUUCAGCAGUUGCUAAGGUUCAAUGCACUGAAAGCGAGGUUUCUGAUAUAGAAAACAGGAUUGCAGCUCUGAGUUCUACUGGAAUGAAUGUUUCAACUGAGGAUAAGCCCAAAAGGAAGCAAGAUGGACAGGAUAUGGUGGUGCAACAGCCCCCGCACCAAAAAAGUUCAGUUCCAACUGGAAAGAAGGAAUCAAAAAAUGCUGAUAUUGAUUCCUCUUGGUAUACUGGACGUGGAAUAAGGCCUGUGGGCCGUUUUGGAAGACGAGGACUAACCCUGGAAAACAUCAGGAAAUAUGAAUUUGGCACUCGUCGUGUCUGUAUCCCAAUCGAAGAAAGUGAAGAAUCCAACCAGAAUGAAUAA